AUGGCCUCUUCGACUGACUUGAUGCAGCAGCAUGGCCGGUUGGCAUCUUCGGACUUAGGAACUGGCCGUGCGGGGCCGAGUAGCGUCAAUCCUGAUUCUGCAUUAACAGAUAGAUCAUUCUGGAAGCAGUAUUUCCAACAUGACGAUUUAUCCAGCACGGAGGUUCGAGUCCUUCAGGGAGAGGGUGCAUAUCUAUCGAGCAUACUCCGAAAGGCAUUCCCAAACGAGGCUAAAGAAUCGUGGUCGUAUGAAGACCUGCACAAGGCUGUUGAAACAUCAAGAUACACGUGGGAGUCAAAAGAGCGCCUUGGCAAAGGGAAGCCGCAGAAAUUGUUCCACAGCCUUAUGCAAAAGUUUGAUAUGCAUUCCACCCUCUUCCAGAUCUUUCCUAGUUCCAAUACAUAUACCUCAUUAGUGGCAGGCGCGGCCACGGUUCUCGUCAAGGCGUCCGUCAACCAUUCAAAAACGAUCGAAGAGCUUAGCAAUGCUUUAGACUCCAUCAGUGACGCCAUCGGUCUUUGCACUGUUGACUCAAAGCUGAUUCGGAGUCAGUACAUGCAAAUUGCCAUUGCCAAAUUAUAUAUCGCUGUAUUUCUCUUUUUUGGCGACGCAAUUCUAUGGUACAAGUCAUCGAGUGCCUCGAAAGCCCUCCACAGUCUUCACCGGGACUUCUCAGAACGAUUUCGAAAAUCCGUUGAUAUUAUCAAAGACCAAGCAGCAGCGGUCCGCAAUGCAGCAGCGCUCGGAUCACAGGCUGAAGUGCGCGUGGUCAGACUUGAUGUCGAACAGCUCAGAGGAGAACUGAAGGAUGCCCGGAUCGGGCUGUCGGGUGAGUUACGAGCGCUAGCUGAGUAUAUGCUCUGGCAACAUGGCGAAAACCUCAAACAACAUGAAAUUACCCAAGGAUUGCUGUCAACGUUCAGGGCAGACGCUAAGUACUGCCCAAUGCCCCGUAGCAUGACUCCGCAACUCGGAAGUACUGAGACAAGCAAUCUGAUCCUGGCAGCUGCCUCUGACGUUUCUGCCUCUCUCUCUAUGUCGGUAGACGACGUUCACGAACUGCUUCAACAGCUCGCGUCAUGGCAUGUGGAACACUUUUCCUGCGCUAUGAGAAUUGAUUCGAUACCUUCUCAAACGCUUUUCGAUCACAGGCUCGCGCAAGCGAUCAAUAAAUGGCUUUGUACUCCCGCACAGCGGUUAUUAUAUCUGGAGUUUCUUUCAAGUGAUCAGAACUCUAGGGUUGACCACUUUGUUGCAGAACAGACAAGAAAGGUCAUAGACGAAGCAAAACUACCGGUUGUAAUGUUUGGACAGCUUCCUCAUCGCAAAGAAUCAGACUGUGGACACAGGCUCAGCGGAGAUGUCAUCUUUGCAAUGCUAACACUAGCGUUAGACAUCAUUCAAAAGGUUUGCAGAGAGGAUGAACUGUCUAAUCCAAUUUGGACGACACUCAGACAUCGUGGCUCUUCUCACGAAGUGGACUUCACAACAGCGACCAAGAUUUUGGAUGCUGCUUUCCAGGCAGCACCGGCGAAGUUGCACAUCAUCAUUCUCGGGUUCCCCACGUUUUGGCAUCUAGAUGAGCCUAAGAUCAAAGCAAUACUUGAUCUUGUCCGUGGAGCCAGGCGAAAUGACGAUACUGGAAGCCGAACUAUCAUCAUUAGUAGAUGCAAAUUACACAACAUGCUCAAAAAUCUCCGUCGAGAGGAGACUGUGUCAAUAACAGCCUUUUCCAACAACCGAUCAUUCAAAGCUCCCAUAAUAAUUCGAAGGCCAAGAUCUGAAAUACCCUGA